AUGAAGAUGUUAGGCUCACAUAAGAACGUUGUAUCUAUGGUUGGAUGCUGCACGCAUGAAGAGAAAAUGUUCCUGGUCAUAGAAUACGUUCCGUGUGGUGACCUCUUGACGUGGCUUCGCCGCAGAAGAAAAAAGGUAAGAAAGUCAAGAAAAUCUCAUUGCAGCGUGUUCUCGUGUUCUGAAAGUGUAGACCACCAUUUUUUUAUGACUAUAUAGCUUCCAGCCCUAUCAUGUAUUGGAACUAUUGCAGAUUUACAUCUGCGAAGACGCCAAUUUUAUACCCGAUAAAGUCCUUGUUAUUGAAAUCAUGAGAAUUUUUUUAACUUUUGUUACAAAGAGAAAAUACUUUCCCCCGAGAUUACCCAGUGUAAGGGAAGAUGUUUUAACAUUAUCAUAUAUCUCACUGGCUUUUAUACAAGGUGCCUGCACUCACUCUAUAGACAGCCAAGUCCAAGGAGCAAGAACGCAUGCGCAUCCUCAUCACCCAUGAAACUCACUCCCCCCAAGCUCUGCUAGUAAUGUUACGAUUAUGAGUCAGCAUUUAUUUGGCUGUGUUAGCCUACAGGGAAAUUGCCUUGACUUUGAACUGCAUUCUGGCUUGAUAAUCUAUCAAAAAUCUCCCCUACCUACCCCCCUACUUUUGACACAAAAAAGCCAGCCACCCACCCCCUAUAAGGUCUGGGUCUAAGCUCUGUGAUAAGCUCUCUGGAUAUUUUUGGCUUCCCUGGCUUGAUGCCCGUGUUCAAGCGAAAACUUUGCGGUCACCUUUAAGCAAAGUCACACAGAUGUAUUGGUCUUUAUUUGUUCCGAAACUGAUAACGUUGCUUGCUGGAAGUCUAGAUCAACGAACUUAAAGCCUCCGAGAGAUCAUAUGCUGACAAAGAGGUUCUGAAAGAUCAGGGAGAGACCAUAGAUAAGGUAGGCUUGUUAACAAACUGUACUGAUUCAAUAUUUUAUCCAUUUUUGUUUGACCCUGAUAUUUUUUUCUAUUCUUCAAAGUCCCCAACCGUUUGUUGUUUGUUCUCUGUGUCUGGUUGACGGCUCAUUGUACGUAAUCAAAGACUUUAUUAAAGGCGCUUUCCAAAAGUCAGAAUUGGCCGGCCAGACCAUCAUCCGGCCGGCACCAGUCAUUUUGACAAUGAAAAAUGCUUUUUUGCAAGAGCUUUUGUUGAAACACCAUUUCCUUUGUGCCUGCUAUUUGGGGUCUGACUGAUAGUUUCGAUUGAAAGUGAAAUUCUCUUUAUGACUGGAAUGGUCUGGCCGGUCAGUUCUCACAAAUGGAAAGCGUCCUAAGACGAUAUUAAGACACUGAAAUUGUUUCCAUGCUUGUAAAAAUCACCAAAAAGUUAUCAUGUAUAAUGCCCUCUGAUAAAAUUUUUUUGAUGUCUUUUUUAUGGGGUGGUAUAAGACGGAAAGUGGAAAACUCUUUUAGGGUGGAUUGAAUGGUCUUUCCUUCUUCGUAGCAAAAACAAGCAGGCAAACUUUUGAAGAAAACGGCAAAGGAAGAGCAGGCUCAGGUCACCAUGGAAAUGAUCUCAUUGCGCCAGAGUGGCGACCCAGAGGACAUGGCGUCAGCCACUCACAGUCUCCCUGAUGUAAGAAUUUUAAUAAUCACACUCAAGCCACAAGCGGCCCUGUCUCCAUCCUUGGAGGCCUAGGUGCAGUCAGGUGGUUCGGGAAAAAACGUUUGAGCCCCUGGUUACCGACAUCUCACCAGACCAUUUUCAAACAAUCCAGCGAGUGCUGACUCCCGAUUGGGCACAAAAAAUGGUUUGUAUUAUUUUGCCCAAUGGGCGAACAAGGGCUUCUAUUUUCUUUUCGUGUGUUCGUACACGGCGGCUAUUAUCUCGCCAUACUUUCACCAAGGUUGCGCGUGCAAGGGGAAUCUUGGCUUUUCCCACCUUGCCCCUACCAGAAACGUAGGAACUACUGAUGAUUUGGGAAGACGUUUCAGAUGCUAUCAGCAGGACCUAGACCAUUCUGUCACAAGCAGGGUGCAAAGAAAGUCAGUUUUACAGCCUGCCAUUCGGGCAAGCUGUAGCUAGUAUGUACUAGCCCACAAGUCAUUUCAACUAGCCCCCAAACCCUUUUUGAUUAGCAAAACUGAUUACCAUUCUUCUGUAAUUUGAAUUUCCCCAAAAAACAGCACUUGCCCAUCGGGAAAAAACACUAGCCCGAUAGCAAAAUCCACUAGCCCCGGGCUAUCGGACACGACUUUCUUUGCACGCUGCACAAGAUAUAGUAAAUGAUAUUUACGAUGGCGUGAUCGAUAAGGAUCGAUGCAAGCUUGAAUACGUGUUGUAAGCUCAAGUUUAUGUUUUUGGAUAAGCAUCUCUUAAAUACCCUUUCAUAAGUUUCCAAAUUUAGUUUUCGGGUAGACAGUUGCAGUUUCUUUGAAUCCAUGAACGGGCUUUAUAUCGAACUGAAACUUUCCUGACAGCGUGUAUUUCUUUGGUGCAAGAGCCAAACAAGUAUCAUAAUGGCGAGACAAUAGCUGUCGUGUACGAACACACCAAAAGAACUCAGGAGAUGGUGUUUAUCGAUUGGGCACAAUAAUACAAAGCAUUCUUUGCACACAGUCAGCUUGACCGUUUGGAAAUAGUUUAGUAAGGGUCGGCACUCAGGGGUUCUUCCGCCCUUGCUUGAAAACUAUUUUUUGCUGCGCCUUUUCUCCCGACCCGACUGACUUCCUCUGGUUCUUCGAGGAUGCCUUGUCUCGCGAUACGAAGGGUGUAACAUGAUAUAUUUCAUUCCUAAGAGCAUUGGGCGAAGCGAAAGGUGACGUUUCAGUGACUGAAGAGAUAUCACGUAACAAAAGACUGUUGUUAUGGAAUUAAAUAUCGUGGUUUUUGAAGAAUGAUAAAUACAAUUUCCAUCUCAUUUCACUGGAACUUUUUAAAAUGAACAAAUUCACCUCCUUUCUGUCUUCUGUUAAUCGAAUUACAUAGUUUUAGCACAAGUACCCCGAAACUCAUGGGAGAUAAUUAUUAGUGCAUAAGAUUUUAUAGCAUGAUUUAAAUUGGAUUUUAAGCUGAGGGAACUAGCAAAUAAAACAAUAAGAAGAAAAAGGCAUUAGUCUGCCUAAACUUGUGUGAUAUUUUAAUUUUUAGUUACAGACAGUAGCUUCUAACGAUGUAAUGUUAUAAUUUUCUUACAUAUAAAUUAAUCGCCUUUUUUAAAAAUCAUUUAGCAAAGGUUCGCCUUUAAUAAUGAGGCUAUGGACGAUGAACAUUCUGCACACAAGGAGCAAGUGAACACUGCACAGCAAAGCGACAAAGAUGCCGUUAUUGAAGUGAUUCCCUCAACUUCCGCUACAAAUCGUGUAAGAAGUUUUAUAAUUAUUUACCACUACAAGUAAUGCGGGUAUGGGUAUGCGGGUACUUGGUGUACUUGGUGCAUUUGGUGCGUCAGGGUCAUGAAUCUCCCUACCCUGCAAUUCAUAGUUCCGGGUAGCCCUUGGGCAAGGCGUAACACCCGUUAGGCCUGUCAAGGUCACGAAACUGUUGCCUGGCAGUCAGGGUUUUUUUUUUGCCACAGGCUAAGGGAAACAACCCCUACAGAAAACGAGCCCACCGCUGGAAGGUCUGGCGCUCCUCCAGCAUCGCUUGCUGGGAUUUGUCUCAAUGAGCCCAGCAAAACAUUGAUUUGGACAGAAAUUGAUUAUCUCUUCUAUGGUACUGUUCUCCCUAACAUAACCUACGGACUAUCUGUUUAUGGUGCCUCCGAUGCGGUAGCCUGCGCAGCUGGCGGUAUUGUGUGAUUAAAGUUUUGGCGACGGAGCCGCGAUCCAAAAAAAGGGAGUGGGGACGAGGCGUUUGAAAUACUAUUUCUCGCGGCUUCGCCGCUCGUGGCGGCUCCGCAGCCAACUCUCACUCGACUGGUACAGCGGCUACGCCGCCAAAUCUCCCUCGCCUAGUACACAAUACCGCCAGCUACGCAGGCUACCGAUGCGGAAAUUAAUGUCCUUCAGCGAUUUUUAGACAGAUGCUAUAAGUUACGCUUUAUAUCUACUCAGUUAAAUAUUAGAUCAUUACUACAAAAACAAGAUGAAGCGAUUUUUCAAAAAGGUAAACAGCAUGAUAACCACCCUCUGAAGGUGUGCUUACCGCAAGAAAUUAAAACAACAAUCUAAUCUUCGACGUAAAAGCUUCCAAAGGCCAAGAUAAACACCGAACGUUAUAAAUAGAUUAAUUUUUAAACACAACCUUUCAUGAUAUUUUAUGUCAGAAAUGUGGAACUAUUUUUUUGUAUUUUUUAAUCUUUUUAUUCUGUUGUAAUUUAGCUGAACUUUUAAUCUUUUUAUCCUGUAACAGUGGAUAUGUAUUUUUAUUAAUGAGCAAGAAAGACAUUUAUUAUUAUUAUUAUUAUUAUUAUUAUUAUUAUUAUUAUUAUUGAUGAACACUGCAAACUUCCCUACAUACUUGCUCGGUCCUCGCCGGGAUAAACAAGGGCCGCGUCCCCUAGUGGGCAACCAUGUUGGAGUUGAUAAGUCAGCUACUGGAAGACUCUUUAGAUGCAAGAUAAACACUCCGGUGUCAACUUUUAACAUCCGUUCACUCAACUGCAUUGAGAUGAUUGGAGAGCUUACCGCGCUGGCAGAGGAGAAAGGAAUAUCUGUUGUUUGUCUGCAGGAACAUCGAAAAUUUCACGAUAAUGCGGAUGUGCACUAUACUGAUGUCGGCAAAGGCUGGAUCUUGGCCACUUCCUCGUGCUGGAGGAAGUCCGUGAACAGUUGCGUGGGAGGAGUGGGUAUGCUACUAAGCCCCUCUGCUUACUACUCCCUCGAGGAAAAUAUUGUGGUAGUGAAUAGCCGAAUCAUCGUGGCAAACUUAAGCGACAACCCUGCUACUACUAUUAUAUGCUGCUCAGUCCAACGAACUGCUCGGAUAUGGACAGCGAUGCUCUAGACUUCUACAACACACUCUCUGAAUUAAUAAAGAAGCUACCUGGACAUAACCUUAAAUCAUAUGUAGUAAUAUUUGAAUGCACAAAUCAGUCCCUUAGACUGUAAUGGGUUUAGCUUUGGAAAAAAGACGUUUAUGUUGGAUAUGGCUACUGCAUGUGGGCUUAUAAUUUAGAACACACGCUUCCAAAAGAGCUUUAAAAGUUGUGGACGUUCAUGUACCCAAAUGGUUGCAAAGCCAAACUUGAUUAUAUACUGGUAAACAGGAAAUAGUGGAACAGUGUCUCAAAGACUAUCAGGCAUAUGACCCUCUCAGUACAGUAUAUUCAGGCCAUAAAAUUGUCGUAACUAAACUACGCCUCAGUUUGCUAGCCAAUGGGAAAACAACUGCCAAACGUACUAGUUUCGACUGGCAUUGUUUUAGUACCAGCCAUUCUGUAAGAGAGGCUUAUACUGUGAAAGUUAAGAAUCGCUUUGAGGCCCUGUACGAGCUUGAGGAAAAACACACUGUGAACGAUCUGUAUACUACGAUGAUCGAGGCCCAAAUGGAUGCAGCUGAGAAGCGUAUUCCUAAGAAAGGAAGGAAAACGUGUUUUGUGACGUCAAUGAUGAAGAAAUGUCACGUGUUAUUUGAAAUCACGUUUUACGCGUUUUUUUCAUUAAGCCACAGUUUUAGUUCGCUUUUCAGGAUCACUGAUGGAAGCAAACCGGUUUAAAUAGCAUUUUACAAAAUAUGCAUAUUUAAUUAGGUAGUCAGAGAUGCAGCAUUUGAUUUUGCAAAUUGACACUUGGACAGAAGCAGCGAAAACACCAGGACUGGUUUGAAAACAACAACGAAGAAAACGCACGCCUUCUGAAGCAAAAGCAGGGAGCAUUUAGCAAUUGGCUUUAGGAAAAGACCUCGACUGCCAGGCUCGAUCGUCUCAAUUAAACAAGCACCUCAGGAACAAAGUCCAGACUGAGCUGAGAAAGAUGAAGGAUACGUGGUGGCUGCAGAGCUGCAGCAAUACUCAGACGAGCACAACUUUAAGAGGUUCUUCAAGGGCUCGAAGACUGUAUAUAUGGCCCCUCUUUCAAUUUCAUCCUGUCCCAUACUCGGCUGGAACCCUGCUUACAGGGAAGUCUGAUAUCGUUCAAAGUUGGUGAAAAAUCUUUAGCCAACUUCUCAACAAAUCGACCAGUAAGCAAUCCAAGAUAUACUUCAGCGCCCGGUUCUAAGCUCUCUUGACGAUCCCCAACACUGGAGGAAACCCAGAAAAAAAAUAAGCAGCUCCAGGCUAGGAAAGCACCUGUUCCUGAUGAGAUACCUUCCUGACGACUUCAAGAACACCAACGCCAUCCACCUGUACAAGAACAAAAAUGACAGAGCAUCGUAUGACAGCCACAGAGGCAUCUCGCCGUUGAGUAUUUCAGGAAAUCUCAUGGCACUCAUCAUACCGAGUUGUAUCACACACGACCUCUUGGAUGAUUUCGUGUCUGACAGUCAGUGUGCCUUCAGGAAAAACAGAGGGACAAUCGACAUGAUAUUCGCCGUACGACAGAUCAAGGAAAAUGCCGCGAACAGAAUCAGAGCCUGUACAUCCUCUUUAUGCACCUGACCAAGGCCUUUGAUACGGUCGGCACGUGGGUUGGACAUGUGUUUCUGAUGGACGACACGCACCUCCCGAAGAUGGUCUUCUUCUCUGAGGUGGCCAGCGGUACACGUAGCAUUGGACACCCACUAAAGAGGUUCAAAGAAGCCCUGAAACAAAAAACUGAAUCGAAUCCCACUCUUCGAUGGGAAACCUUCGCCACAGACCGCAACGCCUGAAGAAUGGCCGUUCACAAGGGCGUUCAAGGCUUUGAAAAGAGCGGCUGAAUGAUCUCGAUCAGACCUCUCGGCUGGCCGAGUUUUAGUUGCGCAAAAGCUGCGUCUUAGCGAUUAAGUUGAUCAGUACGAUUUCUUCGAGUUCUUUAAGCUAGACCAUUAUUUAUUUUUUUGUAAAUUUCCCUAAGGAUGUGGAGUGGAAAGUAACGGGAAAAGACUGGCCACGAAGCAGCCAAGCGGCAACAGGAAAAAGUCAAGCGAAUCCUUCACCCGCCAUGCCACCUGUAAUCGAAAGCAUACACGAGGAUCUCAGCAGUGAUGAAGAAGAGGAGGAGGAGAACUUUCGAACCAAACAACUCUUUUUAUUUGCUUGGCAAAUUGCUAAAGGAAUGGUAAUUACUAUAUUAUUAUUUUCUGAGAAACGUUGCUUCCAUUCAGGUUUUGUUUUUAUCCCUCAAAGAUCGUUAUCAAAGACUAUUCCACAAGCAAGAAAUAAAGGAUAAAUGAGUUAAUUUUCUUAAUGAUUAAUGGUUUUUAGAGGAGAAAUUGUCAUAGUUCGAUCGAACCAAAUUCGGCAUGUUUUGUCUGAACUUGAAUCAGCCGUUUAGAUCAGUUCAGUUGUGAUAUUUUACUUUUGAUUAUUCGCUCCUAUAAUUUUCACGCCUUCACCCAUGCCUUUUUAGGCAAUAGUAGCCCUGUAACUGAAGUUUUAUGGUACUUAUUUUCAUUUUUUCUCUUUCCUUCGGAAAAUUAGAAUCAUCUCGCCGAAAACAAUCUUGUUCACAGAGACCUUGCUGCCCGUAAUGUCCUUGUUGGCCAUGACAACCAAAUCAAAGUGUCAGACUUUGGGUUGAUGAGACAAAUCUAUGAAGAUGUGAGCAGCUCAGCGAAGUCCAAAAAACUUCCUGUAAAAUGGAUGGCCCCCGAAGCACUUUAUCAAGGCCUUUACACCACCACAAGUGAUGUGUGAGUAUAAAAAAAUCCCACUCUUUUAAACACAUUUCGAUAAAUUACUGUUCAGAAAACCUCAGUCAGCUUCCCUAAAAGUCGUGAUCAGCGAGUUUAUUUCAAACCGUUUGACCGAUCUAGAAUUUCAGUGGUUAUAGUGGCUGAUUUCGUACUUAUCAAUAUAAUUUCGACUCGGGACUACAUAGUUUGCAUAUACGUCCUGAGCGAGAGCGGCGUCUGUUGAAUUCUUAAUUCGGAGUGUAUGUAAAGAUCAUUUAGUUACGAUUAUGCGGCAGACCCGUCACCUAAAUUGGUAUUCUUUUCCGAUCCCUACUCUAUUAACCUUGCUAGGCCAUUGGCUAAGGGCUUUGAGCAGCUUAGGCCUGGUGUCAUAAGGUUCAGUCAAGGGCGAAGGUAUGGAAAGGUGGAGAUACGCCCUUUUGCCUUAAGUUCACCAAGUAAAAAGAAGAGAGGAAAAGUAAUGUUAAUGCAGUGGGAAUAUUCACGACCUCUGUGCUUUUCUCUAUAGUUGGUCUUUUGGUGUUGUUCUUUGGGAGAUGGCUACAUUGGGUGAGUAGACCGUCAAACACUAAUCAUGUAAACUUCCAAGGCGAGGGGAAUCCCAAGAACUCUCCUCCCUGUUGCCACGGGGUAUAUGACUUGAAUUGUGCGACUGAUAUCAAAGGACGACACUAGGACUUAAAGAGUGAGUCCUUAUUAAAUAAGGCUAUUGUUCCAGGAAACAGGAUGAUACCUGAUGACUUUUAUUUGUGGCAAGCUAGGCACUUUUGUUUUGAACUAGGCUCUAUGUCUGAUAAGCGAUAAUUGGUAUCAAAUAUGCAUUAGUUGUUUUCUGGAAAGAGGAGCCUUAUUACUAAGCACCCUGUUUUCUGUAAAGACACAUUUCAAUGCAAUUCUGAUCCCUGCUCAAUCAUUAUUCUGUUGCAAAACGGCAUUAUUGAGUGCGGGGAAAUGAAGAGUCGUGGACAUUGACAUUUUCAGGAGAAAGCUAUCCAGGGGAAUGAGCAGUAUUUUCAAAUAAUAACAUGUAUAUUUUUUCUUUCGCAUAACGUGAUCAGGAGGCGUACCAUACCCCACGCUGACCAACUCAGAGUUGUAUCGACUGCUUGGCACUGGUUAUCGCAUGGAGAGGCCUGACAUGUGCUCCGAUGAUGUGUACGUUUCUUGAUCAGAAUCGUCUUAGAACUGACAAAAAGAUUCGAUUUUUCCGUGCGUCUUUUUAGUUAUAAAUAGCCUUGAAAGUUGCAGAGGACAAGUCGGUUUCGAUUUUGACGUUUUCUUUGAUCAAAGUGAUUACUGAACAGACAGACGGCAAAAUCUUAGCUUAAAUAUUUGUUUCAUACAGAAAUAUGAUAGUGUUAUUAAACAGAGAUCGACAGAGCAAGAAUUAGCCUGCGAGCAAGCUCUCCAUUUGGGCGAGGAAAACGAACCGCGCGAGUACGCGCGAGCGGGGAGCCCCUCGCUGUGAUGUUUCCUCUCGCGUGUCGCACGUGCGUGUACUUGAGGAGAUCCCCCAGGUGGAGAGCUUGCUUGCAGGCUUGGCAAGAAACCGACAAGCCUAAUGAUCCGGCUUGAGUGGCUCCCAGCUGAUCUAAAGGAAACCUCUUCCACUAAAUCGGAAAAACGGUGUCUAUACAUGUAAUAAUGGAUUGGAACUCUGACUAACUUCAAUUGGUUUGUUUUUUUUUGUUUGUUUUUUUUGUCCAUAACAGAUAUGAGCUGAUGGCUGACUGCUGGAAAGAGGAACCUCGCUCUCGUCCCAGUUUCUAUCAACUGAUCGAAAAGCUGGAGGUGAUAAUGGAGAGGGAUGCACCAUACUUGCAUCUAAACGAACACAAUGAAGAUCGUCCAUAUUACAACGUGCCACCUGAAGCUAGUGAUGAUUAA